GUGCGUGGACCAAUCAGAGCGCUCGCCGUCCACUUGUCACCAGGGCUCAAUUUGUCGCGUGUCGUUCCUGAUGCCUCAAGACAAACAACAGGGAAUUAUGGACGAUAGAAUCCUCUGGUAUUGUCAACGGCUCGGUAGGGACCCUGACAACAAAGACUUCACCGCCGAUAUCUCUAGACAGAAAAGUGACCGCGAACACCCGCGGUGUCAAGACCAUAAAAUCUGACCGCGCAUCUCCGAAUCAGCUCAGUUCUUGAGAGCACAUCCUAAAGUGAAGACAUGCCGGUCGAACUGCGAGAAAGGAGAGGGAAACGCUCGGAGCCUGACUCCGACGACAUCCCCGUCCUCCCCACCGAGGACAGGACCGUGGAGCCGCCCAAGAAGCGUCGGCGGAAGGCGAAGAAGACGCCGAAGAAGAACGCGAAAGACUGCGCCGAGAAGAAGACCAAGAAGCAGUCCGCUGAGGGAGAAGAGCAGAAAGUGCCCAAACCGAAGAAGAAAUACCCGUACAAGUACAGGCCGAGGCCGAACGCUGCCGUCAAGGAGAGAGAAAGACUUGUGGUUUUCAACCAAGCCUUUGCGGAACUCCAAGACAAGUUACCGGAGAGGCUCCAGUUGAGCCAGGAGAAACGGCUGCCGAAGAAGCUCAUCCUCCGUUUCGCCGUUCGCUACAUCAAGUACCUGCAGGAGGAGCUGGAGCGGGCGCCCGGGGACCCGGCCUCGGGGGAGAUGGUGAUGUCUCCCGAGGAGCUCAGCCUCUGGGGUACGGGGGACGACGAGGACAAAGCGUCGGAAGUCGGGUGGCAGCUCGGCGGAAGCCCCAUCGACAGCACUGAGAGUUCCGCUUCCGAGUCGAGCAUGGAGUUCAUCGAUUUGUGUGAGCUGGCGUCGCCGUUCAGAGCUGCCGCCGGGAAAUUGGAGCAACCGGCCCCGAGAGCGGGGGAGGGGACCCCUGGACCCGGCGCUGUGCUGGACACGCGCGCACCGGCAAUCCACACGCGUGUGCCCGGCAGGAACACCGGGAAAACCAACGAGCUGUGCACGGUAACAAACACCAAGAACUCGCCUCUCUUCAGAACUGUUCUCCCGAACACUCAGCUGACACACAGACCGCUGUGCAAGUGUGUGGAGUGCGCCACACCGCUCCUUCCUGACGACGUCCCCGCCAUGCACCCCGCCUCCCCUCCCAACAACUCCGCUGCCUUCCCCCUCGGAGACUGCAUGGACUUCUUCCCGAGCUAUAUUGACUCGAUCCCGGACAUUCGCGGUGAGCUCCCGUCCCUCCCAGACGACUUCGCCCCCGACAGUCCUUUGGCAACCGUUCCCCACUCCAUGUUCGACAUACCAGGUUUGGACCGUACGCCGCCCAAAGUCUCGUCGGUCUACCAUCAACCCCUGUCCCCAUACAACACACAAGUCACAUCGCCGAGUUUUUACGACGACGAACUGCACUUCAAGUUGAUUCAUUAGGUAUCACACAGAACAGAGACAAUUUUAUAUCAAAUUUGUAAAUAUUUUCUAUAUGGUUCAAUUUCCUAACAUUAUAUAAUACUUUGCGAUUGCUACUUGUAUGUUGAAGCUAUAAUUUUUCGUGCACGCUUGAAGAUUUGACAGAAAAUUAUCCGCUUUACUUCCCUACUUACAAAGCUAGUUUAUUCUUAUCAUGUCGUAAUUUAUUUCCAUGCCACUCAAAAUAUGUAUCCUCAAAAAAAAAAAAAAACUAAGAUUGGUCUAAACAAGGAUGUUAUGGUCUAAAUUACUUCAAACUCGUAUUUUCUUAUUUGAAGUUGUAAAUGUUUCAACUAUGUAUUAACCUUUGUCUAAAAAUAAAGGCGGCAAAAUUUACACAAUUUCAGUCAGGGAAACCCAUGGAAACCACCAUUCUGUUCACACCGGAUUGUCAGGACGAGGUGACUGGUACCAGACAACACUUGUCUUGCGCAUGUCCUCUAAUCUUCUUCCUAACACCGAGGGCGUUACAUACUGUUGUUAUGCAAAUGCUACACAUCCUUUGAUUGGCCGUCACCGCAACACCAUCUAGUAUGCUUGAACGCUUGAACAAAAACUUUAUUCAUCUUUUGUAUCUUUUAUAUCUUGCAUUGUUUCUAGCCCCCAAAUCUGUUCUGAUAGUAACUACGUUGCUAAUGUUUGUUAUAAUUUUUGUAUGUACAGAAAUAAUACUCUUUGUACGCCCUUGUUCGCAAUUAUGAUAUUCAGAAUAUGUAUUAUGUGUAUCGAAAUCAAAUUAUUAUGUUUUGUCAUGUUCUGUAUGGAAAAGAUUCCAAUGUCUGUUGUGUUGAUGGAGAGAUGACAGAUCACAAAUACAUUUAUUUUUACAAGUUGA